AUGGAUAAAGCACUAUUAAAUUUAAAAGCUGCUCAAGGAGAUAUUAUUUUAGAAACUGCACUUGAUUUUAUAAAAGAUAAAUCACCUAAAAAAAUAAAUUUAUCUUUUGGUGCAAUUAUUGCAGAAGAUGGAAAUUAUUACUCAUUUGAAAGUGUAAAUGAAGCUGAAAAAAUAGUUAUAGAACGAUAUAAAGAUAAGCCAUAUAUAUUUAGUAAUGGAACAAAAGAAUUUUCUAUUUUAACGCAAGAGUUGCUGUUUGGAAAAAACUCAAAAUAUAUGAAAGAAAAAAGAAUAUGUACUAUUCAAACCAUAGGAGGUGAUGGUUCCAUAUUUUUAGCGAUAAAAUUUUUAAAAAGUUUGAAUAUUAAAAGUAUUUAUGUAACUAAUUCUUAUUAUGUAACACAUGUUACUAUGAUAAAGGCAUGUGAUUUAACUCCAAAAUAUUUGAAUUUCUUUGAUACUAAUUUAAUGGAUAUAAAUUAUGAUAUGUUUUUAAAUGAUUUAAAAAGUAUUGAAGAUCGUUCAUGUAUUAUUCUUCAGACGUUUGCAUGUAAUCCUUGUAGUGUGAAUAUUAAAGAAGAAUAUUUUGAAGAAAUUAUUGAUAUUUUUUUAAAAAAAAAACACAUUGUUGUUUUUGAUGUUGCCUAUUUAUGUUUUGGAAAUUCUGACCUAGAUAAAGAUACAUUAUUAAUUAGAAAAUUUGAAGAAAGAGGAAUUGCUUUUAUUGUUUGUCAAACCUUUUCUAAAUGUAUGGCUAUUUAUGGUAGUCGUGCUGGUGUAUUACAUAUUAUUUGUGAGAAUAAAUCUCAAAGACAAACAGUUGCUAAUAAUUUAUGUAGUAUUGCUGAAGCAAGCUACGGUACCCCAUCUGUCCAUGUUAAUAGAGUUAUUUGUGAACUUUUAAAAAAUGAAAAAUUAAAAUCCUCUUGGAUAAAAGAUUUAUGUGAAUUAUCAAAAUGUAUUAAUAAUAAGCGCAUAUUAUUUCUUGAAAAGUUGGAAUUUUAUCAAAAAAAAUAUAAUUUAAAAUAUCAAUGGAAUGAAUAUAAAAAGCAGAGGGGUAUAUUUGUAUAUAUUCCACUGAUUGGUAAAAUUUUUCAAAAGUUGAGAUUUUAUCAUAUUUAUAUAAUAAACAGUGGAAGAAUAAAUAUUUCAGGAAUUACUAGAGAUAAUGUUGAUUAUAUAGCUGAUAUCAUUUGUCGAUGCUUAAGUGAAUUAUAA